GUGGCUUGUUUACUGGGGCAGAAGCUCAGAAGUGUCGACCAGCUGAACACAUCACCAAACAUCCAGUGAAGAUGCUUUGCUCAAGCACAUUUCAACCUUAUCUCAGCCCAUUCAUGGACUUCCACUGGCCAGUGCGCAGUCUCUGGCCUGAGACGAGACCUCUUUUCUUUCAGAUUGAACAAGAAAUGAUGAGACACAUGCAGGAGAUGCGGCACAACCUGGAGUUCAUGGAAUGCCUGCAUCAAAGGAUUUUCAAUGAGAUUGACCAUGUUUCACCCAUGACAACUUUCAAACCCAUCUCAUUCCAACUUGGAAAGGAAGGAAUUCACUAUGCACUGACAUUAGACACAAAGGAUUUUUCUCCUGAGGAGCUGUCUGUCAAUCAAGUGGGAAGGAAGUUGCGGGUGAGCGGCAAAACAGAGAAGAAGCAAGAUGAUGGGAAGGGAUCAUACUUGUAUAGAUGCCAAGAAUUCAGGCAAGAGUUUGACCUUCCUGAAGGUAUCAAUUCAGAGGCAGUGACCUGUGCUUUGCGUAAUGGCCAGCUACAGAUACAAGCACCUAAAGAUGCUACAUCUACCGGUAAUGAGAGAGUGAUUCCCAUUGCGUACACUCCUGCUGUCAAUAAUUCCACUCCACAGAGUCCUGUUUCUCAGAGCCUACAGCGCCAAGCAGCUGAGACAGAAUAUACAAAUAACUGAGUUUAUACUUUGUGAACACUGUCACCCACAAUGGAACAAAUGUCUCUAUGGAAAACGGAUAUAAUUUAUACUUACAAAUAGACUGAGUUGUCUUUAUCUUUAUAUGUUUUUUAAGUCACCAAGAUUUUGUAGUUUUGUAUGAACCAUUUGUUUAUUGUAAAACAGAAGACAAAAAUUCUUCAGUUCAGUUCCUUAGAAGUAUUACUAUAUUCUAUAAUGUUUUGUCAAAUUCCACGAGAUGUUCUUGUCUUGUUUCCAUCAAAUAAACAAAUAUCAACCACCACUAUUAUUACUAUUAUUAAAUUGUUAUUUCAUGAUUUUUACACAAAAUAGGAUUACAUUAUUUGUAUCCCCCAGAUAUUUUCUUUUAUUCAUAAUUUUCAACUUCACAACUUGUAAUACAUUUUCUGGGGAGUAAUGCAGUAUAUUAUAUUAUAUUACAUGAUUUAGUAUAUAUAUAUAAUCAUUAUAAAAAUAUGAAUAACUACAGCCUUGACCAACACAACAUUUGUGUUGUUUUAAAGCUUUGAAGCUGUAAUUUACAAUGCACCAUAAUUGAACAAGGGCUUUAAAAUUUGCAGAGAA